AUGAGCUGGAUCAUGAGCUUCAACAUUGCGUCUGUGUGUUUUGUGAUACUGUCGUUAGAGGUGGCACAUGCAGCCCAAGGUCAUUUUGCGCAUCAACUGCUAAAUGACCUUAUGGAGAAUUAUUCAAGUGCCUUGAGGCCCGUGGAAGACACAGACAAAACCCUCAAUGUCACACUGCAGGUCACAUUGUCUCAGAUUAAAGACAUGGAUGAGCGCAACCAAGUACUUAUAGCAUACUUGUGGAUAAGGCAAACAUGGUAUGAUGCCUUCCUGAAAUGGGAUAAGGAAGAGUAUGACGGCCUUGAGGUCAUCCGCAUCCCCAGCAGCCUGGUGUGGAGACCCGACGUAGUGCUUUACAACAAGUACUGUACACACAAUCAUGAACACACACUGGCAGAUCGGACCUAGCGCUGUUCAGAAACUCUAUAACAAACAUUCAGAAACUACGCUUAGUGAUCUUUAAGAGAAAUGUCUUUUGUAC